UGCCACAGCGAGCUUGAGCCUCGCAAUAUCCCUGUUAGGGACCCUGUUAGGGAAAUAUCGCCGACCGAGGACAAAAGCCCGCGCUACGAGCUGGCUGCUGUUAUCUACUGGGAAAUGGCUGGCUUUCACCAGUUUACCUACGAGUAUGGCGUCAAGGAUACCGUCCUCGAUUCUUGGAGCCUGUCUUUCUGCUGGUAUUCGUUGCUCAAGGAGAGGACAUCCCAUUUGUUGCCCCGAGCAGAGUGCCAUACAAAGCUAAUAAAGGCCCUCAGGGUUAUAAAUCCAAGAAGAGAAGUAUGGCGCGAAACGCCGGCACCCAAGAUUCAAGCGAGGUGGGUGGAGAUGGAGAAGGCUGAAAUAACCUCCGACUUUCGCCAAGGUUGUGUUCUCAAAGCUGGCGCUGAAGCUGCCGGGCCAUUCACUAUGGAUGACCAAGCGAAUAUUGAGACGGAGGUUCCGAGGGAACUGGGCCAUAUGACACUCGAGCAGAUAUCUUACUCCGUUGACUGUUACGGAUAUUACAGAACACUAGGUACCUGCUUGUUUGAAAAGCUGCAAAAAUGGCCUGUGCGUAGGCGGGGGACCAGCUACAAAAAUGGCCCGUCAAUUCAGUAUGUACAUGUAUGUACUGUACAGUACAGUACCUUGCGUAUGUAUGGAUAGUACUUUGUACAAGACAUACUAUACUCCGCGUCGGCAGCUGCAGCUGGGAUACUAUGGUUGUGGGGAAACAGGUACCUCCACCUCCCUCAAUGUGUUAGGCAGAUAACCCAUAUCUAGCCGAUUACGCCAUUCUCGACCCCAAUAAGAGAAUGACCUGAUCUUGGGCGACGACUUUGAUAGAUAGCGUGACCCUGCCUAUAAAAACUUCAAAGAUCGAACUACUGCCAGAAUGUCAAGACACUCGACUAUUUUAUUACAAUGAGUGUAUUCAUAUUCAUUUCCUAGCUAUCCUACCUACAUACCUAGGUACAUGUACUUAGCUCGCACGCCCCUUUCCAUCAGCAUAGGAGCGGACCAAUAGUCAUAGCACCAGCUAAGGUAGGUACG